AUGACGCAAGUGGUGGCCGUGGCGGGCGAACCGGUGUACCUGCCGUGUGACAUCUCCACCCAGGACGAGGAGGACGCGGUACUGCUCGUGCUGUGGUACAGGGAGGACUUGGGGACGCCCAUUUACAGCGUCGACGCCCGCGAGAGAGACUUCGGGGUAGCAGAGCGGUGGUCAGACGAGAGCGUCUUCGCAUCGAGAGCCUACUUUUUACCAGAGAGGAGGCCGGCUGAACUGGGAGUGGACCGGGUCCGUGCCUCCGAUCAGGGCGUGUACCGGUGUCGGGUCGACUUCAAACAGGCCCAGACCAGGAACUCGAGGGUCAACCUCACUGUCAUUGGUAAGUUUAUGAUUUCAUUGAGAGCUCUCAAGUUUUUCACCCCCAAGAGAAACUUCGGGGUAGCAGAGCGGUGGUCAGACGAGAGCGUCUUCGCGUCCAGGGCCUACUUCCUGCCAGAGAGGAGGCCGGCUGAACUGGGAGUGGACCGGGUCCGUGCCUCCGACCAGGGCGUGUACCGGUGCCGGGUCGACUUCAAACAGGCCCAGACGAGGAACUCGAGGGUCAACCUCACCGUCAUUGUGCCUCCAAACAAGAUGAUCAUCAUCGACGACAAGGGUGACGUCAAGCAGGCCAUCGUCGGGCCCUACAUCGAGGGUGACUCCUUCACGCUCAAAUGUGACGUCUCAGGAGGUCGUCCAAGGCCCUGGGUCAAAUGGUUCAGGGACGAAGUGGAGACUGACACUCCAUCCUCCCCCCUUUCGGGAAAUGGAGUUCGGGGGAUCCUCAGGGUGGGGCCAUUAACCCGGGCUGACGUCAGAGCGGCCCUCACGUGUAGGGCCUCGAACCAUCCCCGAGCGCACCCUAUCGAGACCACACUUACUUUGGAUAUGAACUUUCCUCCACUCACAGUGCACAUCCUCGGCUCCAACCAGCCUCUGUCAGCAAGCAGGAGGUACGACCUCCUCUGCCAGAGCUCAGGGUCGAGACCUCCCGCCUCCAUCACGUGGUGGAAGAACGGGCAUAGGAUAAACAACGCUAAGGAGACGCUAUCAACCGACGGCAACACAACUACGUCGACAGUCUCCCUACAGCUCACCAAAGCUGAUGCUGGAGCCAAGUUGGCGUGCAGAGCGUCCAACCCUCAGAUGCCGUCUGUACCGGCGUUGGAAGACGACUGGACGUUGGAUAUACAAUAUGUACCAGAAACAGUGGUGCGGUUAGGCACGAAUUUAGACCGCACGAACAUCAGAGAGGGCACCGAUGUCUACUUCGACUGCAUCAUCAACGCACAUCCCUACGUUUACAAAGUGGAAUGGAGGCAUAAUGGCAAAACGCUGCUCCACAAUGUGGGACAAGGCGUGAUCAUCAGCAACCAGUCGCUGGUCCUCCAAGGAGUGGGCAGGAAGACGGCUGGCAACUACACGUGUGUGGGCUUCAACGCGGAGGGCGAUGGCGAGAGCAAGCCUUUCUCGCUGGAUGUACUUUAUGCCCCAACGUGUAGAAGCUCCCAGCAAAGAGUGCAUGGUGUGGCGAAGCAAGAACGAGCUCACAUCACUUGCCACGUCGAUGCGAACCCCCCAGAAGUGGUUUUCCGAUGGACCUUCAACAACACGGCAAACAGCAACGAAGUGAGCGACACAUACGUGUCCAGAACCGGCACCAGUUCCACUGUGACCUAUACUCCUCACACAGAGAUGGACUACGGGACUUUGCUGUGCUGGGCCCAUAACAGGAUAGGGAAGCAACGAGUGCCUUGUGUGUACCACAUCAUUGCCGCUGGUCGGCCAGAUCAAGUCCACAACUGCACGGUGGUGAACGCCUCUCUGACGUCGUUCGGGGUUCGAUGCUCCGAGGGGUUCAACGGUGGUAUGCCGCAGUCCUUCCUUUUGGAAGUCCGAGAUAUUGUGACACAGGAGAUAGUGGCCAACGUCUCAAGUGCAGUGCCCAGGUUCACUGCAGUCGGUCUCCAACCAGGAAAGGUGUAUGCAGCUGCAGUGCUAGCAUACAACGCCAAAGGGAGAGGAGACCCUUACCCUUUGAGGGCCACCACUCUGAGGCCUCCUGAGAAACACCACGUCCAUGAUAAGAGCUUAGACCUCCCAAGAACAGCCUUCCAAAUGUCGGGCGCCAUGUCAGCAGCGGUGGGAGGCGGUGGCGUACUCAUGGUGAUACUAGUUCUCUUCAUGAUCGCUGUAAGACAGCGCUGUGCCAAGAGGAAGCCAAGGUCUGCCCCUCCACCGUCGUCUCAACCAGCCUCACCUGAUAAACUGAGGGAGAAGGAUGAUAGUGAAAGCGAUGACAGGAACCCUGAUAUUAUACCAUCGGAUACUGAUCAGAUGCAGAUGGACUACUACCGGCAGCAGCAGGUGUCUACCAUCUCGCCGCCGCCGGGCAGCAGGGGGCCCAGGGGCAGCGUGGCGGGGGUCAGGGGAGGCCUGCCAGGGUACUGUCCACUGAGGACCGCGCCCCCACCCUCGCAUUCUAUGCAUGAGCCUCUGGUCUCCACCAUCUCGCCAGAGCAGGGAAUCAGGGGCAGCGUGGCGGAGGUCAGGGGAGGUCGGCCGAGGUACUGUCCCCUGAGGACCGCGCCGCCAUUCUCGCAUCCUAUGCAUGAGCCUCAGGUCUUCACCAUCUCGCCCGAGCAGGGAAUCAGGGGCAGCGUGACGGGGGUCAGGGAAGGCCUGCCAGGGUACUGUCCACUGAGGACCGCGCCCCCACCCUCGCAUCCUAUGCAUGAGCCUGUCUUCACCAUCUCGCCGGAGCAGCGAACAAGAGGCAGCGUGGCGGGGGUCAGGGGAGGCCUGCCGGGGUACUGUCCCCUGAGGACAGCGCCCCCACCCUCGCAUCCUAUGCAUGAGCCUGUCUCUAGCAUCUCGCCGGAGCAGGGAAUCAGGGGCAGCGUGGCAAGGGUCAGGGGAGGCCUGCUGGGGUACUGUCCCCUGAGGACCUCGCCGCCACCCUCGCAUUCUAUGCAUGAGCCUGGAAUCAAGGGCAGCGUGGUGGAGGUCAGGGGAGGCCUGCCGGGGUACUGUCCCCUGAGGACCGCGCCGCCACCCUCGCAUCCUAUGCAUGAGCCUGUAAGUAUAACAGACUACUGGCAACUACAGGUCAUUACCAUCUCGCCGCCGCCGGGCAGCAGGGGGCCUAGGGGCAGCGUGGCGGGGGUCAGGGGAGGCCUGCCGGGGUACUGUCCUCUGAGGACCACGCCGCCACCCUCGCUUCCUAUGCAUGAGCCUAACUCCACAUCGGGCAUCCCGCCGCCCGCGCGUUUCGCAAGCGGAUCGUGCACGCUCCCGCGCGGAUCCACCAUCGGCACGGGAGACACCCGAUGCGGCAUCCCGCUUCAACACUUGCGUACGCUCCCCCGCCCUCUCCCCGCGCCCGCGCCCGCGCCCCGCGCCGUCCGCGACACCCCCCGCGACACGCCCCUUUGA